AUGACAUGGGCUACUGGGAAUAUCAGGCUGCUGGGCACUCCAUACAGAUGGAGGGUCCUGUCUCCAGAGGAACAAGCUCUGGCUGCCAGAAAUGACUAUAACUUUGACCAUCCAGGAGCUUUUGACUUUGAGCUGCUUGUGACCACGCUGCGGAAACUUAAACGGGGGAAAAGUGUAAAGAUCCCAGUCUAUGACUUCACUACACAUGGACGCCAGAAAGACUGGAAAAAUGUCUAUGGUGCUAGCAUCAUUAUCUUUGAAGGCCUCUUGUCCUUUGCAGACAAAGAGCUCUUGCAGCUGAUGGACAUGAAGAUUUUUGUAGAUACAGAUUCAGAUAUCCGGCUGGUACGGUGGCUGAGGAGGGACAUCACAGCGAGAGGACGGGACAUUGAGGGUGUCAUUAAACAAUACAAUAAAUUCAUAAAACCAGCCUUUGAGCAGUAUAUCGAACCUACCAUGAGACUUGCAGACAUUGUAGUUCCACGUGGUGGAGGCAACAUGGUGGCCAUUGACCUGAUUGUUCAGCAUGUUCACAGCCAGCUAGAAGAGCGUGAGAUUAGUGCCAGGGCACUCCUGGCCACGGCCCAUCAGUCCCAGCCGCUUCCUCAGACUCUCAGUGUGUUGGAAAGCACACCACAGGUCCUCGGUCUCCACACCAUCAUUAGGAACAAAGACACUAGCUGUGACGAGUUCAUCUUCUACUCAAAGAGACUGAUGCGGUUACUUAUUGAACAUGCACUGUAUUUCUUGCCCUCCAAGGCCUGUUUCAUCCAGACACCGCAAGGCCAAGAGUAUAAGGGCCGCAGAUUUAGUGGGAAAGGGAUCACAGGUGUGUCCAUUCUUCAGGCCGGUGAGACCAUGGAACCUGCUCUGAGAGCUGUGUGCAAAGACGUCCGUAUUGGCAAGAUUCUGAUCCAGACUAAUCUGGAUUCAGGAGAACCAGAGCUGCACUACCUGCGACUGCCCAGAGACAUCAGUGAGGACCAUGUGAUAUUGAUGGACAGCACCGUUUCCACAGGAGCGGCAGCCAUGAUGGCAGUGAGGGUGUUGCUGGUAUGUGGCUAUCAACCUCAUUCCUUGCAAAAUGUAAAAACAGACAGCGCAAACCCUGGAUGGCUGUACAGUCCACGCACUUUUACACAAAGCAUAUUUGACUCUCUUCUCUGGGAAUAA